ACUGUCCAAAAGUCUAAUUUUCUCGCCGAAACGGGAGUAGACCUGCAAGGCAGAUUUAAUGAAAUUUAGGUGACGAUCGGUGCGAAUAUUUGAAUCAACAUACGGGUCAUGACAGAGUUUGCAUCCGGAUCCAGUAAGGUGUGUUACUCUCCUGUAUUUCGCUUUAAAUGACAUGACAAUAAAAUGUGUGUGAGUCAGCUAAAUGAGCAGAUAAAAUGGCGCAGUUGUUGCCAUCAUUUGGACUUCUGGUUUGUGUUUUCCUCACUGCAGAAGUGAGUCUCUCUUCAGGAAGUAGUAAAUGUAUAGCCAGAAACUUUGGCCAUGACUCUGUGGUUUGUGAGUGUAACUCCACGUACUGUGACAGUGUUGGCUCGGCCACUCUGCCUCCUGUGGGUCAGUUCUCCUCCUACCUGAGCAGCAUGGCAGGCAGCAGACUGGAGGCAGCACAGGGGCAGAUCCAGGUGAACAGCACGAGGACAGGUCUCAGGUUGACAAUCGUUCCCUACCAGAAGUAUCAGAAGAUCAGAGGGUUUGGUGGAGCUAUGACAGAUGCUGCAGCCAUUAACAUCCUGUCUCUGUCUGCUGGUACUCAGGAUCAGCUGCUCAGACAGUACUUCUCACCUGAAGGCAUUGCUUACAGUGUGGUUCGUGUGCCCAUGGCUAGCUGUGACUUCUCCACCCGUCUGUACACUUAUGCGGACACACCUGAAGACUACAGCCUGGAUAAUUUCACCCUGGCCCCUGAGGACAUCAAGAUGAAGAUCCCUCUCCUACAGCGUGCUCAGGCCAUGUCACCUCAACCCUUGUCUUUGCUGGCGAGUGCUUGGAGCGCCCCCGCCUGGAUGAAAACUAAUGGUGCACUCAUAGGGAAAGGGUCACUGAAGGGCCAACCUGGAGGAAAGGAGUAUAAAACCUGGGCUCAGUAUUAUAUCAGAUUCCUGGAUGAAUAUGCCAAAUAUAACCUGACCUUCUGGGCUCUGACCACGGGGAACGAACCCACUGCAGGAGAGAUGACACACUACAGUUUCCAGGCUCUGGGCUUCACUCCCGAGGAGCAGAGGGACUGGGUGGCUCUGGACCUGGGCCCCGCUCUGCACGCUUCGUCACACCCGCGCACACACAUCCUCAUACUGGAUGACAACCGUCUGCUGCUGCCGCACUGGGCCAAAGUGGUGUUGAGUGAUAUCCAUGCAGGAAAGUACAUUCAUGGUGUUGCAGUUCACUGGUACAUGGAUGGUCUUGUCCCAGCUGAGAUAAGCCUUGGAGUCACACAUCACCUGUACCCGGAGUAUUACCUGUUCGGCACAGAGGCAUGCUCGGGCUGGAACCCACUGCUUGACAGAGGGGUGAAGCUGGGUAGCUGGGACAGAGCUGAACAGUACGCACACGACAUAAUAGAGGACUUAAAUCAUUAUGUGGUUGGUUGGACGGACUGGAAUCUGGCGUUGGACCAGACUGGUGGGCCAAGCUGGGUGAAAAACUUUGUAGAUAGCCCUGUUAUAGUGGAUGCAAAGCGAGACGUCUUCUUCAAGCAGCCCAGCUUCUAUAGCAUGGCCCAUUUCAGUAAGUUCCUGUGGGAGGGGUCUCAGAGAGUAGGGGUGUCUGCCAGUGAGGAAACCCACCUGGAGUACUCUGCCUUCAUCAGACCAGACGGCUCAGUUGUUCUCAUCGUACUCAACAGGUCAUCAUCUGUAGUCGAGUUUGAAGUCUGGGAUCCGGCCGUGGGUUACAUUCCCUCAACUGCUCCGGCUCAUUCAGUGCUCACACUCGCCUGGAACUCGCACACUGAUCAGUGAUAGUAGUUCAACAUGGUAGAAAAUGUCAACACCAGAGAUUAUCACGCAUCCUUAAAGUUUCAAGUGUUUUAUCCACAGUUGUUUUUAGCUUCAUUGAUUUUUGUCUUUUUUAACCUCAUCAAACCAAAUAUAACCUCAUUUAUGUGAUUUUGA